AUGCCCCACUCCAGUCCUCCAACUGUAAGCCUUGCAUCCCCGAGUACUGUGUCGGCUACCACCUUGAAAUACUUGGAACCAUUCCUCCAAGAGCGAAAGCACAUGACCCAGUCCCAAGUUCCUGGAAAAUCCCGAAAGCAAUUCCCACCGAACACGACCUGCUAUGCGUACAAAGAGUCUCUCCAUGUGUGCGACGGUGAUUCCUGUGAGAUUACACUGUCACCAGACAACCGGGACACCGAUCUAGCGAACUUGGCCACUCACAGCAACACCAUAAGAAUUCGUAUGCCACAUUCAGACAGCCCUGAAACUGCAAAUGCAACAUGCAUAUACAAACAAAGCCAAAAAUCCACACAUCUUUCUACUUUUCUGACAAGGCACAUCGGAAUAGAGUGUUUGCGAGCUGCACAACAGAUGGUAUGUGAAGCAAACAACGUUUUUCUGCAAGUGAAAAGGGACUUGCGUGGAGGGCUGUCAGUUCCACAGGAUACUUAUGGACGUAGCUUUGCACAUGUUAGAAAACUCGGAAGGCUUAAAAAAACCUUGCGGAAAAACUCGCGUCUGGGUUUACUCUAUCAUUCUACACCAUGGGCAUAGACCUCACCAUAGACACAGCAAUGAGAAAAGCCAUCGAUGAAAAGAAAGGAAUAUUCACUCUCCCUGAUGAGGCGUUUACCUAUCCAUUCAGACCAUGGGAUGUGCGAAAACUCACGAUGACAGGUCACACUGGAGCUUAUCGACGAAUACAGAGAAAUUCUCAACACACCAAUGGAUCCAAAUCUAGCAUGGAUUCCUACACAAAGUUCAGCGCUGUUGGAUGGCGGUGACGAAGAUGGAUCGGUGCCAAACAGCGAAACCACUGACAACUUCUACCUAAGGAUGGUUCCUUCCCAGCUCUACUGGGAAAGUAGGUGUUCUGUCGCACAAAGUACCAUAACAGGCACUGGCUCUGGCCUCUUUGUCCAACCACUCGAGGGCAAUAUGCCUGUUGGAGAACAUAUGUGCAUCUAUGCCGAGCGAAGUACAACGAUUGAUGAAAUUACUGCGAGCGGUAGUUCACAU